AAUAAAAAAUUAAAUUAAAAAUAAAAAUAAAAAUAAAAAUAAAAAGCAGUAGUUUCUAAAAUGAUUCGCAUUUAUUAUAAAUUAAUACUCUUGUGCUGUUGUUGUUGUACACUUGGAAAAGCCAAACUUUGGUUUCUCGAGAGGGAAACACUCGAUUUUUUGAUGCGAAAUGGAAAUUUUGACAUAAAUCCCCUUCACUGCCGUUUGCUGCGCACAGAUGUCUGUCCACAUAAAUACUUGGGAUUUCACCUUUAUACUGAAAAGUCGCCGCGCCGUGGAGUUACUCUCAACAUACACAAUCCAUUGUCUCUAUUCAAGGGUGGUUUCAGUCGCCAUCGUGAAACUGCAAUCAUUAUACAUGGCUUCAAUGGCACCGCUGUAGAUAUGCAUUUGCAAUUUCUAAAAGACGCUUACUUAUCUCGUGAUUUCAAUGUCAUCACAGUCGAUUGGCGGCCGUUAACGCGCUAUCCAUGUUACCUGCAUGCUUUGAUCAAUACCCGCUUGACGGCACAAUGCACCGCACAGGUGUAUUCUUUCCUUACUCAUCACGGUGCGAUACGUGAAAAGAUCACUUGCAUCGGUCAUUCACUGGGCGCACAUAUUUGUGGUAUGAUUUCCAAUCACUUAUCACUGAAACAACAUCGUAUAAUCGGCCUGGAUCCAGCACGUCCGCUCAUCGAACGGAAGAAAGGACACAUAUUUCGAUUAUCCAUUGACGAUGCCAGUGUAAUACAGGUGCUCCACACUAAUGCGGGCUACCUGGGACAAGAAGAGAAUGUCGGCCACCUUAAUUAUUGCGUUAAUGGUGGUAAAUUCCAACCGUUUUGUAAAGGAAAUCCCAUAAGACGAUCGCGUUGUUCACAUUUCCUAAGUAUUUGCUAUCUUGCCAGCGCUAUGUUUAAACAUAAAAAAUUUCUUGGCGUCUCUUGUCCGAAUGGCUGUGUAGAAUUAAGUGGGCCCAAACGUUUGCCGGUGAGUACGAAAAAUCCCUUUGGUGCCGUCUCACAAAUAAGGGACUAUCACAUCGGCAAUGACGCGCCUGACGACGCCAGAGGUUGUUAUUGUAUCGAUAUGCCAUAUGUAAAACACUGUCCCUUCAAUGAUUGAACUUGAGUACAAUUAACUUACGUAGGUAAAAUUAAUUUAAUGAUUUGAAAUAAAUAUUAAAUUUAGACAAA